AUGUCGACCAAUGAUGUCGUGUUUCAGCGGCGGAAUAAGCAGAUUGAAGAUGCCAUUGACGGGCAGAAUCUGAAGCAGGCGCUGCAGCUGAUCGAGAAGAGAAUUAAAAAGGGAGAGGACACACCAUUCUUGAGGUCAUGGAGGGCGCAUGUCCUCUUCCGACACGCCGACGAAGCCCACCGCCAGCGGGGUAUCGCGGAGACCCUCCAGCUCUGCAAAGGGGACCCGGCGGUGACAGACCUCGACACCUUGGACAUGUUGUAUGAGACGCUUCAGAAGAUUGGCGGACAUGAGGAGACUAUGAGAAGUAUAUGGGAGAGGGCAGCGAAAGCCAAACCGCAGGUUCGAGAUAUACAGACGAGGUGGUUCGAUUUUGCUUUCGAAAGUGACGACUGGAAGUCAGCGCAGAAGGCUGCCAUGUCCCUGCAGAAUAACUUCCCAAAGAAGCGAAAGUACUAUAUUCGGGCCAUCUUCCUCUGCUAUCUCCUCGCAGUCGACGAAGCAAGCUCCGAAAUGGACCGGAAACUCUUCGGGACCCUUGCCUAUCGCAUGGUAUCUAAAGCUGCUGAAAGCGUCCCGUCCGAUCCGAAGGAAUUACUGAGCCCUCCUAGAGCUAUCCAAACAGCCGAGGAGCUAUUGUUACUUGUUAAGAUCUUUGAAUCUCAAGGAAAACAUGCCGAAAUUGUCAAAAUCUUGGAUAGUAACAACCUUGGCAUCAAGUCCAGGAUUGUUCAGAACGACUGGUCUUUCGUUGGCGUCAAGCUCACCAGUUUAGAAAAGGCUGAGUUGUGGUCUGAGGGCUUGUCAUACGCCAAGGAACUUCUCGCUAUCCCCUCCACUGAAGAACAGAAGAAGGCUAUUCAAGAGCGCGACGACUGGGCCGUGUGGCAUUUGCUUGUCACCGCCACCCAGAAGUUAGACAACGCCGAGACGACGUCUGAGACGCAAAGUCUCAUUUCUAACUUCAUUGCCGCUCAGCCCAAGUCAAGAAACGCGCAAUUGGCGCGCCUCGACUUGACACAUUCCAGCUUCCAGUCCGGAGCGUUGAAACAGGAAAACUUGCUGUCUGAUUGUCAGGCUUACUUUGACCACAGCAAAAAUAAACUUUACUGCUUCGGUGACCUUUUGGGUUAUCUCCCCUCUUUGGAUAAAGAAUCUAUCACGACUUUCGUAGAAUAUGCGUCGGGAGCUUCCGUACAGAAUGAGGCCACUGGCCCAUUCAAAGGGGUUGCCGUGAUCAACGCGCUCAAGUUGGAAUAUUGCUUCCUUUUCUCUUCCUUUGCUUCAAGUGUGUCGAGAGAGAAAGUGGAAGAGUUUGUCUCGCGCUGCUUGAAAGAGUAUCGCGACACUGAGCGUCCUGGCCGAAGCUCUGCCCCGUCUACCAUUGAAAGUCAACCGAGUGAUGACCUAUGCAUUCUCGCAGCGAUGUGCUUGCUUCGCUUCAGCGGCAACUGGGUGUCGAGUAAACAGGAAGAAGUCCCUGACAUUAUGCUCAUUCGCGCAGCGGCGAUUUUGGAGCGUCUGAUCGUCGAUUCCCCGCACAACUACCAAGCGUUGCUACUUCUUGUGCGACUAUAUCUCCGAUUGGGCGCAGGCUCUCUCGCAUUGAAAACGUUCAGCAAGCUUUCGGUCAAGCAAAUGCAGUUCGAGACAGUUGCUCAUAAUCUCUUUACGCGUCUUGCGACCAUCCAUCCCCACUCAGCACCGCCGAUUGACGGCGCAGAAUACAAGGAUUUUAACCCUCAAUCAGCCUUCGUACAGGCUAUGAUAUUCUAUCUAAGUGCAAACGCCACGUCGGCCAGGCACCGCUCGAAUGGCUUGGAAUACGGCAGCUUUGUGAACGUCGAGGGAACCAUCGAGCUUCAAAGGCGACUUAGACAAAGUAUAUGUCGCAGGAUGUGGGCGCUAGAAGUCAAACGGGUGCAAAGAUUGGCUGGCGGAGAACCUGUUGGACGUUACGACGAGAUAGCGAGAGAUCCUUCACCGUUAGUUGACCAGCGUACGUUCGAUGCUUUUAUGAACUGCGAGGCUCCUGGUCAAGCCACUUUCGAGCAACUGAUGCGCGUAGGCCCUCUGCCUCAAGAUCGAUGGGUGAGGUCAGCUCAGAUGACAGAUAGACUUUCGGGAUUGCUUAAGGACAUGGCGGCUCAAAAGCCAAUUUCAGAAGUGCCUGAGAUCCCUGCGCUUGACGGUCUCACAGGGACUAGCGUGGAGUCUGAAAUGACACUUUCGGAGAUCGAGUGUACAAACACUAAUUUCAACCUGCUGAGAUUGGCUGUGUACCUUAGCGGUUCAAAGUCUGUCACGUCUGAGCAAAUCGACGAGAGUCUUAGCCAGGUGGAAGGAUGGUUGAACUCCAAGUUAGAGGCUCUAAGCAUAGGUGGGAACAGUGUCUCCCCAAUCAUGUCAGAGACAGCCAUUUGCUUGAAGGCGGAUGCUCCAUAUGCUCCGACCUGGCGAUUCUUCCAUGCUGUUGUAAGCAUUCUUGACUCUGUCAAGGCGUUGGUUUCUCUGUGCACCACUGCAUCGAAGAAAGCUCCCAAGGGCGCCAAGUUACCCAAGGAUCGAGUUGAAACGUUACUUGAUCUAGGGCGGAAGGUACACCAGGGUGUCCAGGCGAACAUCCGCGCGCUCAAGAAGCAGGUUUCUGAGUCAGGGAAGCUUGGCUCGUUGAUUGACCUGGUCGUCACUGGCAGUGGCACUGGUGAAGAUGGCGCCCAGCUUCGCAGUGAGUUGGAGAAAGUGCUCGAUACGUCUACCCUGGAACUCUUCUGCGGCGAAUUGAUGGAAAGCUGGGACGAGGCUCUUGGCGGAGUGUUGGCUGUGCGGAUGUGA